UCCUCCUCAAUUCCAGGCAGAAGCUAGCAAUGCACGGGAACGCAGAAGGGAGCCAAGGUUCUGCAUUUCGGCGCGCAAAAGCGAGGAAACGCCAGUGGCGGCUGCUGCGGGGAGCCGUAAAGUCGCUUGGUAGUUGUGGAGUAGAAGGAGAGCCCUUCGCCUUCCUGUGCAUUGCUUUUAAAAAAAGAAGGGAGCGUAGAAAGAGAGAGAGGAGGAGGAGAGAGAGAUUGUGUGAGAGAAGGGGAGUGUCUCCGCGGGGGGAGCGUCUGGGCGCGCGCGAGGAAAGUUGGCUGGACGUGGAGACCCAGCUUGGAGCGGGGAAAGGACGCCGCUUCCCUGCCAAGCGAGUUCCGUGAGGGGAGCCAGAGGCGAGGAAGGGAGAAGAAGAAGAAGAAGGCGCCCGCUCGACCUCGGCAGCUGCAGCCUUUCCCUUUUAGAAGAAGCCUGCCCUGGCCGGACCUCGACGCCUCAGGCGACAACAGACCAUUGGCUGCGUCUGUGAGGUCUUAUCCAUAUCAAAUUGGAGAUGGCAGAAAUUGGCUCACAAGCAAACAUCAAGGAAAAGAUCAAUGCGGUGCGAUCAAUUGUACCCAACAAAAGCAACAAUGAAAUAGUGCUGGUGCUACAACAGUUUGAUAACAACGUCGACAAAGCUGUACAAGCUUUUGUGGAUGGCAGCGCACUUCAAGUUCUAAAAGAAUGGAAUAUGUCAGGGAAAAAGAAGAUCAGCAAAAGGAAAAGAACAAACUCUAAGCAGCACUUCCAUAGCAGAGAUAUGAAAGGUAAAGAGGAAGGGAGAGAAAAGUUGUCGUCUCUGGAAUCCCAAGGAUUAUUUGGCUGCCACCUGAAUGGCUGUAAUAAGGAGAUUUCCCCCAGCGAACCUGCCAGUGAAAAACCGAAAGCAAUUCCUCAAGAACCAAAGAGCUUUGAAGGCAAGGACAGGGCAGAGGCAAAACCAGAAACCGCAGACCGAAAGGCAGACCAAAAAACCAUACCUAUAGAAGCUGGCCGAAAAUAUGUAAAUAGCGCACAGCUGCCUGAUGCUUUCCAGUCCUCCCACCCAUCUCAGUGCAGUGUUGGUAGGCCGAAGGCAAAGACAUCCGUGGUUAAGCCGUCUGUCCCCACAGCCCACCUUGAAAUAAAACCAGAGGAUUCAGUCAAGAAAAGAGGUCCGAACAUUGAAAAAUCUGUAAAAGAUCUUCAGCGGUGCACUGUUUCUCUGACAAGAUACCGCAUGAUGAUUAAAGAGGAGGUGGAUAAUUCUGUGAAGAAGAUUAAAGCCGCCUUUGCAGAACUACAUAGCUGUAUCAUAGACAAAGAAGUCUCUUUAAUGGCAGAAGUUGACAAAGUUAAAGAGGAAGCCAUGGAAAUCUUAACCGCUCGUCAGAAAAAAGCUGAAGAAUUGAAGAGGUUAACAGAUUUAGCUAGCCAAAUGGCAGAGUCUCAGUUGGCUGAACUGAGGGCUGAAAUUAAGCAUUUUGUAAGCGAACGUAAAUAUGAUGAAGAAUUGGGAAGAUCUGCCCGCUUUUCCUGUGACAUAGAACAGCUGAAGACUGAGAUUCUGCAGUGCGGAGAACUUUCUCACCCAAAGAACAAUUAUUCCUCAAGAACACCUUCCGGCCCACUGCUGCAGUCGACGUCUUUGCGCACAGCAACCACCAUACCAAGCACAUACAUCCAAAAAUCUUCAAAUCGAAUUCGUGCCAAGACUCCUGAUGGCAAAGCAGCAACACCUAAAGUCUCCAACCAAGUUAGCACAAACACCACAGAAUCUUCUCCUCAGACCAUUUCAACAAACAAACAGAAUGCAGCUUCUAGCCACAGGCGGAGAUUUUACACGCAGUAUCAUGGAAUUCGGCUCAAUGGACCGCUUAAGUCUCCAAGUGCCAUUAACGAGUCAGAUCAGAACAGCACGAAAGUCAGCUCUCGACAGGAAUACAGAAGACAGCACCAUAAUAGUUUCCGGUCAAAAAACAAAGGCACUUUUAAAACCCAAGAGCAUUCUGCAGCAGCAAAAAGCAUGGAAACUCUAACGUAUCCAGAGAAAACAAGACGAAAGCAUCCUUUGCCAGGCCCCACAGAGCCCAGGCCUUUAUGCAGCAAUAUUACAAGGGUUUCUCAGUGCAACUUACGUCCUGCAAGAAUAGAAACCUCCACAGAGGCCCCUGUCCUUUCAGUGCCAGCUGUGACACUGGUGGCAUGAGGAUUGGAGAGACAGACGACUAGCAAAUGUAAUGCAUUUUCAUAUUUAAGUUUCUCACUAAAGGUGCUUUCUUUUUAUUCCAAAUACUGUACACACACACAAAAAAAGCUUGUGUAGAAUACUACAAUUGUGGUAAACCAAACUUACUGGGGGUUUUCUAAACCACAGUAAUCUGCCAUAUCUCGUUUCAUACUAUAAAGGCUUUGCUCAAUAUAUUCGAUAUUGUUUUUUCUCAUAACAAUGCAGCUUUUAGCUAGCCAGUGCCUAGUAAAACAAUGAAAUUGUU